CAUUUUCUCUGCUUUUGGGGGGAGGUUUGGAGUUGCCUGGACUCUCGCUGUUUAACUCCAUUUAUUCGCGAGGACUGACCACUACACGGAUUAGGAUUACCUAGAAUCAUCAAUUCGUUUGUUGUUUUUUGUGCUUCGGUAGAGAAAAUAAGUUUUUUUAGGUUUACUAAUCUUUUUCUCACCAGGGAAACGCGAACUUUUGUGAGUAAAACGAUUUGGGAUAAAAGGACUACCCACAGCUGCACGCACGUACUUUUGGGACUUGUUUGAUCGCAAAAAACAAGAAAAUACCUCUCAUAUUAAAGAAAACAGCUAAUCAGUUUUGUAUCGUGCAUACUUUCCACACUUUUGCGCACCGUUGUUGUCUCUGUGGAUUGUACAGUCGCGGAGGGACUGGACGCUUUUCUUCUCGUAGAAGUUUGGUACAAAUGUGCUGAAACUUGUUCGCUGAAUGCUGCUUGUUUUUUUGGAAUAACGUGGGUACUGUGAACGGCCUACUUAUUUUGUCUGGGAAUUAAAAAGUUUCUGGGAAGUUUUUUUCAAGCGAAAUCUCAGUUUUGGAGUCUCUCUGACCCGCAGCAUCGAGUGUUUGUUCUUCUCGAGUCGCCACUAAGUGAAGCAGUAUCCAUGCCGUGCUGCUGAUGCCCAGGUCUGAAUGGAGAAGCGGUCGCAGAGAAGCCAACAGUCGUAGCUCCUUGUUCAGGAUGCUGACAGAGCACUGUUUACUCCUGCUUCUGGCUUUAUGCACGCAACUUCUGAGUGUGCACUGUCGACUGGCCAGCACAGAUGAAGUUCUUAUAGAAACACAAAUUGAACCGUACUCUCUCUUACUGGGGGACCCUCUGGCCCUGAGCUGCUCAACAAAAGAUGCAGACCAUGCUGUGAACUGGACCAAAGACAAUGUGGUGAUAGUGGACAGUGAACACACUCACAUUCGGAAUGGACAACUGGAGAUCGAGACUGUGGAGAUGACAGACUCUGGGCUCUACACCUGCACCACCUUUGGCAACCACAGCCUCUACUUCAAUGUUACAGUUGAUACUAUGGCUUCAUCAGAAGAUGAUGAUGAAGACGAGGAGUCUUCAUCAGAGGAAGCAAAGUUGUUGGGCAGUCAGAAGAAGAUGCCUAUGCCUCCUCAAUGGGUUCAACCAGGGAAAAUGGAGAAAAAGCUCCACGCUGUCCCAGCUAGUAAGACUGUAAAGUUUCGUUGUCAGGCCAGUGGUAACCCCACGCCAACUCUCAGAUGGUACAAAAACGGCAAAGAGUUCAAGAGGGACCAUCGCAUUGGAGGAUUUAAGGUGCGUGACCAGGUGGGCACCAUCAUCAUGGAGUCAGUAGUGCCCUCAGACAAGGGCAACUACACCUGUGUGGUGGAGAACCAGUAUGGCAGCAUAAACCACACCUACCAACUAGAUGUAGUCGAGCGCUCCCCUCACAGGCCGAUCCUUCAGGCUGGUUUGCCAGCAAACCGCACAGCAGUGGUGGGCAGCGAUGUGGAGUUUGAAUGUAAAGUGUUCAGUGACCCUCAGCCUCACAUACAGUGGCUCAAACACAUUGAGAUCAACGGCAGCCGUGUUGGCCCCAAUGGCCUCCCAUACGUCCGUGUGCUUAAGACCGCUGGCCUUAACACCACGGACAAGGAAAUGGAAGUCCUCCAACUGAGAAAUGUGUCUUUUGAGGAUGCUGGGGAGUAUACCUGCUUGGCGGGCAAUUCUAUCGGGUACUCUCAUCACUCUGCAUGGUUGUCCAUUUUUGAAGCAGACCCCACCAACCCUCCAGCCAACCACACCUAUCUGGAGGUGGUCAUUUACUGUGUGGGCUUCUUCUUCAUCAUCAUCAUGAUCGUCAUCACCAUUAUUGUCAAGAUCCGCACCUCCUCCAAGAAAAGUGACUUCAAUAGCCAGCUGGCUGUGCACAAGCUAGCCAAAAGCAUCCCACUGCGCAGACAGGUAACAGUCUCUGUGGAGUCAAGCAACUCUAUCCACUCAGGAGUGAUGCUGGUGCGCCCAUCCCGCCUCUCCUCCAGCGGCUCCCCCAUGUUAUCAGGAGUGUCCGAAUAUGAGCUGCCCCAAGACCCACGCUGGGAACUGCCCCGUGACAGACUUGUUCUUGGAAAGCCCUUGGGUGAAGGCUGCUUCGGUCAAGUGGUGAUGGGAGAGGCCCUGGGUCUUGAUAAGGAGAAACCGAACCGAGUGACCAAAGUGGCUGUUAAAAUGUUGAAAGCUGAUGCGACAGAGAAAGACCUGUCAGACCUGAUUUCUGAAAUGGAGAUGAUGAAGAUUAUCGGGAAGCACAAGAACAUCAUCAAUCUUCUUGGCGCCUGCACUCAGGAUGGUCCUUUGUAUGUGAUUGUGGAAUACGCCUCUAAAGGGAAUCUGCGUGAGUACUUGCGAGCUCGCCGACCUCCAGGUCUGGAGUACUGCUAUAACCCAGAUCAAGUCCCAGUGGAAAACGUGUCCAUUAAAGAUCUGGUGUCCUGCGCCUACCAAGUGGCUCGAGGCAUGGAGUACCUGGCCUCUAAGAAGUGCAUCCACCGAGAUUUGGCCGCUCGUAAUGUUUUGGUAACGGAGGACAAUGUGAUGAAGAUAGCGGACUUUGGCCUGGCGAGAGAUAUCCACCACAUCGAUUAUUAUAAAAAGACCACUAAUGGUCGUUUACCAGUCAAGUGGAUGGCUCCUGAAGCUCUGUUUGACCGGAUAUACACACACCAAAGUGAUGUCUGGUCGUUUGGGGUGCUACUCUGGGAGAUCUUCACCCUGGGGGGCUCUCCAUACCCAGGGGUCCCAGUGGAGGAGUUGUUCAAGCUGCUGAAGGAGGGUCAUCGCAUGGACAAGCCGUCAACAUGCACUCACGAACUAUAUUUGAUGAUGAGGGAUUGCUGGCACGCUGUUCCUUCUCAAAGACCAACGUUCAAACAGCUUGUGGAGGACUUGGACCGCUGUUUGGCCAUGUCUUCAAACCAGGAAUAUUUGGAGCUCUCUGUUCCCCUGGACCAAUAUUCGCCCAGUUACCCCGACACACGCAGCUCUACCUGUUCAUCCGGUGAGGACUCUGUUUUCUCCCACGAGGCUAGUGCCGAGGAGCCCUGUCUGCCAAAGUUCCCCCCUCACUCCAAUGGGGCAGCCAUCAAGAAACGCUGAUACCUCAUCUUCAAACAGAACAUUUUAUCCAGCUCUCUGCCACGUGCAGUCCAUACUCCCAGUAAUGAAGCUAAAACACUGAUGUACUGUAAAGAAAGGAGCUUAUAUGGACUGAAGACUGAAGUAGCCAUUUCUUGUUUUUUGGGGGGGAGGGAUUUGGCUACCAUGCAAAAAGGGCACUUUGAUUUUGACUCUCAUGCUUGGACAUUGUCAAAAAAGAGCAGACUUUUGGGCAACACUUGGGCAUUCCUCUGUUGGAAAAUCAAAAAGACUGAUUCAAAAUAUCAGGUUUUGAUCAUGUUCUGUUUAUCUGCCAUUGGUCUGGACUCCAAACUGCUUCUCACUUGAGUUAUUCAGCAACAUUGUGUAAAUACAGUUAGAAAAUUAUAAAUAUGAAUAUAUAUUUACAGUUUACUCUUAUUUUUAUUACCAUAAUUGAUUUAUUUCUUUUGUACAAGGAUGUUUGUUUUUGAGGGCGGCAGUUACAUGACAAGAAUAUAUGGCCAGUUUUCAGCUUGAUACCCCUUUAAACUUACCAAACUGCUUAAUCAGCUAUGGAAAAAAUAUGUACUGAUUUUUUAAAGCUAUAAUUUCGACUGCUUUUAACAACAUUUGUAGAAUAUUGUAAAUGAUUGUCCAGAAAUCUCCAUCUAAAUACCACAUGUCCACAAAAAUAUGAAUUGUUUUUUGUGUAUGUCUGUCUGUGUGAAUGAUAGCAACAAGUCAUUUUCUCUAGUCAACAUCAUGCACUUAACAUUACUGUGCAUGGCUUUAUGUGAUUGAGUUUACCUCCUAUUGUAAAUGCUAUAACAGGAAUAACAUUACAUUCACUGCCAUAUAACUUCUGACGCAGGGUUGACGAAAGCGCAUGUCAUCGUAAAAGGAUUACAUUAAAUAAAAUGCUAUUGAAAAACAAA